CACGUGCCACACACAAACACAAACACAAACACACACACACUUGGCCAUGGCUAGCUUUGGACACAUAACAAAAUUGGUGGUAAACAUUGGCAAUGGUGAGACUCGCAUGAGUUAUGGCGAUGCCUAUACACGUGUGAUCUAUGCAAAUCCCUCGGGCCUGUGCUUUCCCAGCGGCCUAAUGGACCUGGACCUGGACCCUGUUGCCAUCAGCCAACCCAACAGUCAAGACAAUCGCUAUCGCCCCGAGUCCUUUCUGCGACGACACUUUGCGCUGCUGGCUAAGCGCUUACCACAGCUAAUGGGUGUCAGUACUCCAGAUGCCAGUGAUGUGGAAGACACAGCUGCAGAUGAGGCUGUUGUCUGGUACAACUGGCACUUGGAGGAAGCUGAAUACCCCGAGCCACAGUGGGUUAAGUUCCUAGAAUGGACAGAACCAGAGAAAGGCCGCUUGGAGAUCUUCAAUCGGUUUUGGCAUUUAGAUAGCUGCGUGGACAGGAACAAAUCGGAGACGCCCAGGUGCUGUUGUCUAAAAAUAAAGCAGACCAUGGAUCACAUUAAGGAGCUCAUUGGGCCGGAGCUGCAGGAUGCUUCAAUGCAGGCUCUCGACUUUGACUCCACAAUGAGAGACGUGAACGAUUCGCUGAAGCAGCUGCAGGAGCUCAUGGAGCUCCAGGAGCAACGUAAUCGAACCCAAGCCUAAAAAAGAUGAAAACAUUUCGCUUUGGUGUGCUGACCCGAUGAUGUCUGCGUAAUUGUAUUUAGUUUAUUAAAUCAUACAUCCAUA